AUGCGUCAAUUUCUUCAAUUUGAAUAUUGUGAUAAUUGUUGUAAAUUUCAGAUUGGUGCGACAUGCGUGACCCACCACCCAACCCAGCGACAUCUGGUGUUAGCUGGUGGCGAAGAUGGAGCCUUGACAGUGUGGGAUUUGAGACACAACACAUUCCCGGUCACAGUUCUAACGGCGCAUUCCCAAUCAGUGAGUGAACUGCAGUUCCAUCCAGAUCGGCCGGAGCAUCUGUUCACGUGCUCGACCAAUGGCGAGAUCUGGCACUGGAACACGAGCGCGGUCGCCCGCAGUUCGGCUCUGGGGUCGGCCUCUGACAUGUCGGUGCUGGCCGGCAUAGAGGACAAUCCCUGGCUCAACCCAGACGUCGCCAAGAACCGCAUGGAAGUGUUCGCUCUGAUGCCAGCCAUCAGUCAACCAAUCAACAGCUUCGACCUCAACCGAACACGUCUUGUUUGUGGCUGUGACAACGAGGCUGUUUACGUUAUUAAAAAUCUUAUUCUAUGAAAAGCGUUCACUUAGAAACUUUAAGUUGUCUUUUGGUUAAACUGGCAUUUGAAAAUGUUUACUAUCAACCACAUCAGCCUGUAUUUAUUACCUGUAAUAAUUUUGAUCAGUUUUCUUACUGAACCGUAUUUGUUAAAAUAUACUUGAAUCGUUUUGGAUAGUA